CUCGGGCCGUUGCUUCCGCGAGGGAGGCGGAUUCCUCCUGCUCUUCCUCCUCCUCCGCUCCAGGGCGAAGAAGGGCAGGAGAGGCGGGCCUGCUGCUCGACGACGCGAUGAUGGCGGCGGCCGCGGCGGCGGCGGCUUCGGGCUCGGCCGGCCGGGCGCCGGUGCUUCUCUCGUGCCUGCUGAGCCACCUGGGCGGCCUCCUGGUGGCGGCGGCGGCGGGGCAGGCGCAGGUGGAGGUGCUGCUCUUGCCGCCUCCUCCUUCUCCGCCGGCGCCCGAAGAGCAGCCGGCGCAGGCCGAGGGAAGCGGCCCCGCUGGCGGCGGCGACAGCUACACUCUGCGGGGCGCGCUGCUGGGCAGGCCCGGCCUGGAGCCGGAGCCGGAGCGCGGGGAGAAGCGGCCUCAGGAAGAGGGCGAGGAGGAGGCGGCGGAGGAGGAAGCCAUCCGGGGCCGCCUUGUCCUGGUGGGGGACACCGACCCCGAGCUGAAGGAUGAUGACAGUUGGAUUGGCGUCGUCCCAGUGGGCGAGGAGCAGGCGGAUCUCCCACGAGGCAGCAAGGAAGAGUCCUUUACCACUGCUGUGGUCAACAAGAUGAAGCGCGCCCUUGUCUUGGGGGCCUCGGCUUUGCUCAUCCUCGCGCUGAAUCAGAACGCCAUCCGUGAGUUGGAUGUCUCCCAGGUUCUCUCCAAGCCUGUGAUUGUUGUCCAGACUUCAGAAAAUGUUACCAAGCUCCUCGGUGCAUUGCUACGAGGUCUUCGGGCAACAGCAAAGAUAACAUACCAAGCGGUGCUACUGGAAAACGUGGGAGUGACCUUGACUCUGUGGUCAACCUGUGGCCUGUCCCGGGGGGGUCUCUAUGGAGAGUGGCAAGGAGUCAUCUGCACAGGAGAGAACAGCUCAAGAGUCCAGAAGUAUCUCCAACAGCUGUGGAACGCCAUCUUGCUCAUUGCCUUGAUCCUGUGCACAGGCGUGAUCAUGCAGGCACAGCGACAGUCUCGGCACAGCCGGCUCGACCAGGACUCCGAGCUCGAUCUCAAGCAGCACAUUGUGCAGAGGCUCUCAGCACUGAAGACUCGGCGCUACCACCCCGGGAAGCUGCCCCGGAGCUGGGCUCACGAGAUCGACAGCUGCGCCAUCUGCUUGGACCGGUUCCACAAGAACCAGGAAACUGCUGUCAAGACAGUUAGCACGACGAUUGCCCGCCUUUACGGAUCAAUCUGCUUGUAUUUCAAGGAAGAGAGCAAUUUUCCCCCAGAGCAUUUGGACGCCGUGGCAGCUGCUCGGGACAUGGAGGAAAUGACUCUCUUGGAACUUGGGGCUCCUUUGAGAUGGGAAGCGUGUGUGUGUAAAAAUAAUAAUGUGUUUGUUCUCUGGCCUUUUCUGUGCUGGGCUAAAUCAUUUGCACCAUUGGUGGAGCAUCUGUGCAGUAUGAACCCGGGGAGGAGGGUGUAUGUGUGUGCUGAGGUUUUCUUGAAACUCUGCUUGUACCUUGUUUUGCCACCUUGCAAGUCCCCCCCCCCCUUCCCAGCUUGGACUGUUCCUGAUGGGAGGAGGCUUCGCUUGCUUAGGGUUGGGGAGGGUGGGGAUUUUGAAAUGCUUGCUUUAUUUAUACUAACUUAUUAGAGAGAAGGGGCUGGGCAAGACUGCAGGGGGUUAUGGAGGGGCUGCAGAGCCCUCUCUGGAGAGCGUCGCGGCACUCGAGGCACUGCUGGGGUGUGUAAAGAGCCACCUGUACUAAUAAAAAGGAGGAAAAAAUCUAAGCAACAAGA